AUGAAGAAAGAACCUGGGAACUCUCGGCCCCAAAGCAUUCUUCAAAAGUCGACCAGAGGGGUCACUUUUCUGAUGUUCAGCCAGUUAUUUGCGAAAGUUGUCACAUUUCUGCUGAAUACACUUCUGGUGAGGUAUUUGUCGCCGAAAGUGUUUGGUAUUAACGCUUUCAUGGAGUUCCUGCUGUCUACGGUACUAUUUUUCAGUCGGGAAGCGAUCAGACUAUCAGCAUUGAGAAUUAAGACCCCUGCAUCGUCGCAAGCCGCGGCCCAUGACGACGAUUCAGAGACGGAAGAUACUGACACAACGGUACUCCAAAUAGCAAUCAACUUUGCUUAUAUUCCCAUUUUAAUAGGACUUCCUCUGUCAUUCGUGCUGAUUGGAUGGCAAUACAGCAAUUUGAACGAGUAUUUCAUCUCGCUGCCCUAUUUCAAGCUGGCAGUUUUCAUCAUUUGGCUGAGCAUAAUUCUCGAGCUCUUUAGCGAGCCCUUUUUCAUUGUCAACCAGCUCAUGUUGAAUUUCAAAGUCAGAAGUCAAUUCGAAAGCAUCGGCGUGGUGGCAGCCUGUGUUGCCAAUUUCGCCAUAGUGUACGUGUACGAAAAUAAGAUCAAUGGUUCGGGCGCUACUCUACACGAUAUCAACAAGCAAGAAGGCAUCGCGAUUUUUGCCUUCGCCGUAAGCAAACUUGCUCAUUCUGCAGCGCUAUUGUGCGGCUAUGCCUACGAUUAUUUCAGGCGUCUCUCAAAAGAGAAUACAUUCAGCAUUUGGCCCACCAGAAUUCAGCUUUCGAGCAAAACCCAGCCUUACUACUUCCAGAACGAUAUUUUGCAACAUUUCAGAAAGGUAUACUUACAGCUGUGCUUCAAGCAUCUGCUCACAGAGGGAGAUAAACUGAUCAUAAACUCCAUGUGUACCGUUGAGGAGCAGGGCAUUUAUUCACUUCUUUCAAACUACGGUUCACUAUUAACAAGACUUGUGUUCGCACCCAUUGAGGAAUCUUUGAGACUCUUUUUGGCCCGCCUUCUGUCUGUAACCAAUUCCAAAAACGUCAAGCUAUCAAUGGAAGUACUCGUAAAUUUGACAAAGUUCUACCUAUACCUGUCACUUCUCAUCGUUGUAUUCGGACCAGUCAACUCCCCAUUUCUUCUACAGUUCCUCAUUGGUAGUAAAUGGUCAAGUACCAGCGUUUUGGAAACUAUUCGAAUCUACUGUCUCUACCUACCGUUCCUCUCGAUAAAUGGUAUAUUCGAAGCGUUUUUUCAAAGUGUUGCUUCCGGCGAAGACAUAUUAAGGCACUCCUAUUUCAUGAUGGCUUUCUCGGGUGUAUUCUUGUCGAGCUGCUGGCUCUUGAUUGGUCGCUACAAGAUGUCGUUAGAGGGCCUAAUUUUGAGUAACAUCAUCAAUAUGAUUUUGAGAAUCGCAUUUUGUGGCUGGUUUAUUGGAAAAUUCUACAAGAACAUCCACUCUGACUCUCACGUACAGGACGCUUCCUUUCUACUCAAUUUCCGCAAUUUCAAGGUCGUCUCUGUCGUGUCCGCUGUCAUUGCAGUCUCAAACUUUGGUUUCUUCGGCAUCGUCAAAACUUUUAAGCAGUUCUUCAUUAACAUCGCAAUGGCUCUGCUACUGCUGUCCCUGAUCCUUUACAAAGAAAAGGAUAGCCUUAAGGCUUACUUGAAGCAAAACAAGAAUGAUCCAAAAGAUGUGUAG